AAUCCACAUCCUCAUGGAUCCUAGUUGGGUUCGCUUCCACUGAGCCACCGUGGGAACUCCCACCCAUGCAUUUUUGAUGGGCAACCUGGAGUGGGAGACUUGGGAGUCAGCUCUGUCAGGAAAUCCACUGUGGGUUGGGCAAGCCACUUAAACUCUCCAUCCAGCAAUUGACACUGCUGCCUUCUCAAGCAGCAUCCAAGAGCCAGUGUGGGCAGUGGAGGCCCAGGGCAUGGCAGGUGAGAAAGUUCGUGGGCUGAGGAGUGUCCUGUCCUGAGGCCAACACCAAAGUUGUCCUGAGCUAACCUGUGCCCCGUCCUCUGAGGGCACCUGCCCUCAUCUUUACUGGACUGUGUUCAAAGCUCUCUGCGAUUUGCCAAGAGUUAACUGGCUUCUGGCCUUUAAAGAAGAUGUGAAACAGAAUGGUCCUUCUCUGGGUUUGGAUAAUGUAUGUGUUUGUGUUUGUGUUCAUGUGUUCCUUGCUCUCUUGCAGGACUUCCUGUUUCUGCAGACUCUUUCCGCUCCCCAUUAGCUUUGGAAGUCUCUGGUCACUUGUGCAAAUAUGUCAGCUACCACACCACAUUCUUGAUUUGCUGUCUUCUCCAGGGACUCUCUGAUGAGGGAUGGUGUGUCCUCCUGGCAUAGCUGAUGCUUCUAAUGGGCUCAUCUGCCAGAUCAGCUGAAAUGGUGAAUGGACUGUGUUUUGCACAAAGUGGAAGCUUAGAGUGGCACAAUGAAGCUUGGAACUGAAUGGUGCAAGAGCCACGUGAGGCCUCAGUGAGCCCUGGGACUGCAUAGUAACAGCACACGGAAGUUCCAGGGAUUGAACCUGCGCAACAGCAGUGACAACACUGGAUCCUUAACCCAUGGAGCCACCAGGGACCUCCUCUUUUCAUAUUAUACAGAUUUGUAUCUUCUCCAGGAGACAGAAGAUGCUGUAAUCUAUUAUUUGCCAAGUGGAGAACUGAUAUUCUCUUGCACUAUUACCCUCCAAAAAGAGAGAUAAGAUACCUGCCGAUGAGCUGUUCUCCACUGAGCUGCACACACAUGACAGUGCGGACUCUGAGAUCAAAGAAUUAGCAACACUGAACCCCUCCAGAAGGAAGGCUCUAACUAAGGGUCCACCAACCCUACCUAUGUCUUAGUGGCUGCCCAGGGCCAAGAAAAGCAAGCCAUGCCAUUUUUCUCUGCAGGAUGCUGGGAGGAUUCCCUGUAGGAUCCUCCAAGAAGGGGAAGGUGCCUCUGCGGCAAGGUCCUCCUGCAUUGAUGGAUUUUACACUCCAGUCCAAUGUGGCAGCAAUAACUGACGACUACUACUAUCCUGACAUCACCUCAAGCCCCUGCGAUGGGGAACUUAUCCAGAAAGAAAACAGUUUGCUUCUUCCUGUCUUUUACUGCCUCCUGUUUGUAUGUGGUCUUCUGGGAAACGGCCUGGUCAUCCUGGUCCUUGUCGCCUGCAAGAAGCUGAGGAGCAUCACAGACAUAUACCUCUUGAACCUGGCUCUGUCUGACCUGCUCUUUGUCUUCUCCUUCCCCUUUCAGACCCACUAUCAGCUGGACCAAUGGGUGUUUGGGUCUGUGAUGUGCAAGGUGGUCUCUGGCUUUUACUACAUUGGCUUUUUCAGCAACAUGUACUUUAUCACCCUCAUGAGUGUGGACAGGUACCUGGCCAUUGUCCGUGCUGUGUAUGCCAUGAAGGUGAGGACCAUCAGAGUGGGCACUGUCCUGAGUCUGGCUGUGUGGCUCAUUGCCCUUGUGGCCACCAGCCCGCUGCUCGUGUUUUACCAAGUGGCCUCUGAAGAUGGCGUUCUCCAAUGUUAUUCAUCUUACAAUCAACAGACUCUGAAGUGGAAGAUCUUCAUCCACUUUGAAAUGAAUAUCUUAGGCCUGCUGAUCCCAUUCGCCAUCCUUAUGUUCUGCUACGUUAGCAUCCUGCACCAGCUGAAAAGUUGCCAGAACCACAACAAGACCAAGGCCAUCAGGCUUGUGCUCAUCGUGGUGGUGGCCUCUUUACUCUUCUGGGUCCCGUUCAAUGUGGUCCUCUUCCUUACUUCCCUCCACAGCAUGCACAUCUUGGAUGGAUGUGUCAUGAGCCAGCGGUUGAUCUAUGCCACCCAUGUCACAGAAACCAUUUCCUUCACCCACUGCUGUGUGAACCCUAUAAUCUAUGCCUUCAUGGGCGAGAAGUUCAAGAAACACCUCUCAGAAAUAUUCCAGAAAAGUCGCAGCCACGUCUUCCUCUACCUAGGGAGGAGCAUCUCUAGGGAGGCCUUCGAAAGGUCAUCCUCCUGUCAGCACUCCUCCCGUUCCUCCAGCGUAGACUACAUUUUGUGAGGAGGUUGCCCUCAAGCGGGCCUCUGGCUUCAUCACCUGUGUUCUUGCAGGAGCUAAAAAUGAUUCAUCUUGCAGUCUGAGGCUACACGAAGGGAGACUCCAGGAAACUCGGCUGCAGACACAAGAUUUAUUUCAUGACAUUAAAUGAAUCCCCACUGUUGCAAAUGGACCUUCUCAACUCUCAAAGGCUUUGUUACUAUUUUGUGAAAACAGUCUAUGUCUUUAACCCCAAAUUGUAAUGUUGGGUGUAGAGACUUUUCCCCCUUACUUGUUGGAAUGUCUUUAUCAUAUACCAACUUAAAUGUGAUCCAUUACUUUUCCCUUAUCUAUGGAGGUGAUCAUGUAGUAGUUUUCCUCCCUUAUUCUGUUAAUUUUUUGGGGAACCGCAUUGAUAGAUUUUCUUGUUUUAAAUCAACCUGUAUUUUCCCUGGAAAAAAAUGACCUCAUGGCUAUGGUCAUUUAAAAAAAAAAAAUUGGAUUCUCUUGGAAUCUUUAUAUCUGUGUUCAUGAGAGAUAUUGCCCUGUAAUUUUUCUUUCUUAUAAUGUCCUGGCCUGGUUUGGCCUCCAAAAAUAUGCUGGGAAGUACUCCCUUUUCUAUUCAUCUCUGAAAUCUGUCUUUGUACAACCUUCAUUAUGAUCUCUUCUGUCUUUUCAGUACUUGUUAACGCCUCUGUUUUCUUGGAUUAAUUUCUUAUAUUUAUACCAGUACAUAUAUUUAGAAAUGAAUCUUACGAUGCUCAGUGUCCAAGCUGAUUUCUCAGGCAUUUUGAAGAUUCCCAUCCUUCCAAAUUUGACUGGUGUAUUACUUGAAACACUUUUUGGAUCCUGGAGCCAUGUGCCCCUGCACAAGGAGCCUGCACAACUCCUAGCCAUUGCAGAUCUCCUGAGCUUGGUGAGUGGGCAGAAGAGCGACGGACUUAGCACCCCAGCACAUAGAACCCCACAUUCACAAUAGCCCCAUCUAUGAGCAUUCCAACUAGAAACUCGAGGGUGGCACAGUCUGUAUUUCUUAUCAUUGUCUUUUAAAAUGGAGUGUUUAGUUCAUUUACAUUUAAUAAAAAUAUAUGAAGCAAU